UCGCGACACAUCUUGCCGGCGCAUGUUAAACAAACCCCCGUAAUAUAUUAGUUUUUGCGGACCAUUGGCGACAAACACUCUGAGGCAGACUAGACUGGUGUCAUCGCUGCCCCUCGAGGUUAUUCCCCAAAACCUCCAGCCUGUGACAUGAGCUCAUGAUCACCACCACCAAUGGCGGGCGGCCGUCUCGCCACUCGCGCGGCGAAAUGAGUGGUCGUUCUUCGUUUGACCGGAGCCCCGCGGCACGAUCGGAGCUUGCGCGACAGCAGGCAAGGCGGAAGCUGCGGCGGGUCAAGACAAUGAUUGUCGCAUCCCGAGCCUUCUCCGACGCGGGUCGCAGACGGCGUGAGCGUGUAGAAUCGACAGACCUGGAGGUGGCACCUCACAUCGACGAGGACGCCGAAUGUCGCAUCGUGUCAGUAGCACAGGCGCGAAUACACGCGCGCCGCGGGCCUCGCGUAGCGAACGGGAACUUCUCGUCGCAGGGCCUCCCCAAGUUCUUUUCUGUGCCUGAUGAUAUUCGCAGGCAUACGAUCGUCACACACCACUUGGUGCUAGGGUGCCGAGAAGACGCGAUGGACCGCCGGCGGCUCGAGGGCAUUGGCAUAACACACGUGUUGAACACGUGCAAGCAGCUGCCUAAUUAUCACCCUGACGCGUUCAUCUAUCACAAGAUUCCACUGAUGGACGCACCGGACGCGCCGAUCAUGUCCUGCUUCGAGGUCGCAGCAAAUUUUCUUCAGAGGGUUGAACGCGUUGGCGGCCGCUGCCUCGUGCACUGUAUAGCCGGUUCGUCGCGCUCGGUGGCGCUGGCUAUCGUGCACCUUAUGGUCUCGCACCACGUGCCGCUUCACGUUGCGUUCCAUCACAUCAAUCGCAUGCGUCCCCAGGCCAAUCCAAACGAGGGCUUCAAGCUUCAAUUGGCCUUGUUGGAGGUAAGCGUUCUCGGAGGCUCUUCGGUCGCUGGCCGGGAUGCGGGCGACGCGUGGUUUUUCUAUGAAUGGAAUACGAGGAAGAAUGCAGUUCCCAGGCUCACCGAACGCUACGGCAAGGCGGGUUCAGGCGACUCCGCCGCGUGCAUGGUGCAGUAAUUUACAUGUACUGUGGUUGACUUGAGGCUUCACUACUGUCACCGUUGAGGAGACAAAUCAAGUUCACCAAGUGCCGGUCGCAGAAGCAAACUUUGGUUCAGGGCAGAUUCCUCGCUUCUGUUAUGCAGUGCUCGCUCGGUAGCCACGAAGAACGGGCCCGGGGACUAGAAGAGCGUCCUCCAUGUACGCUUCUUCUCAGGCUGGUUCAAUCUCAAGUUGAAGUGCCUUCAGACUGACUAUCUGUUAAGCAGACUACGAGCAUACACAAAAGCCGGGUUUCCUCUGAGGUCCGCUCCCCAGCCCCAGGGCGGCGGCACUGGAGGUCAUGGCUAGGGUGCAGGUACGCAGCACGGCAUUUUUUACGUCACGGUGAGAAGAGCUGUGAGAAGCUUCCCCCCGUCAACUCAAAUUACGCCGUAUUUUGCGUGUAAUUUGCGCGUGCGUUUAUG